CCCUCAGGACCUUGAGGGGUGUAUUCAGGGGACGAGUUUACCUGCUGCUGCCGAUGAUAUUGUUUAUAAAUACUUGAACGUGACUGCGAUUAAAAUGCCACACCAAAACAAUGAUUGCUCACAUUUGGAAUCUGUUGGUGAGAUAACCAAAGAAGACUUGAUACACAAAUCUCAUGGGACUUGUCAAGACUGCAAGGUAAAAGGACCAAAUCUGUGGGCAUGCUUAGAGAAUAGAUGCUCCUAUGUUGGUUGUGGGGAGUCACAUAUAGAUCAUAGCACCAUACAUUCAGAGGAAACAAAGCACUGUUUAACAGUUAAUCUUACAACACUUCGUAUCUGGUGUUACGCAUGCAGCAAAGAAGUGUUUCUGGAUAGAAAGCUAAAAACUCAUUCUUCCUUACAAAAUGUACGGUUAUCUUCCCCUGGUCCAGAACAUAUCAUACAGGAUAUUAAGCUACCCAGUAUCCCUACACUGAAAAUUCCUUUAAUUGCAACAUUUGAUGACCUAGAUGUACAAGUUGAUGAAGAAGAUGAAUUAAAGGCUAGAGGUUUGACGGGCUUGAGAAAUAUUGGAAACACCUGUUACAUGAAUGCAGCUUUACAAGCACUUUCAAACUGCCCCCCAUUGACACAGUUUUUCCUUGACUGUGGGAGUUUAGCUCGGACCGAUAAAAAACCAGCCAUUUGCAGAAGUUAUUACAAACUUAUAACAGAACUCUGGCAUAAAAGCAGGCCUGGAGCUGUGGUCCCCACAAAUUUGUUUCAAGGAAUUAAAGCAGUUAAUCCAACAUUUCGAGGCUAUUCGCAACAAGAUGCCCAGGAAUUUCUACGUUGUCUAAUGGAUUUGCUUCAUGAAGAGUUAAAAGAAACUGUUAUUACAGGAGAAGAUAAUAGCACCACAAACGUUGAAGAGAGAAUGGAAGAAGAAAAAUGCCCAUCAGCUGCAGAUUUUCAAUGUAUUAACGAUGAUAAGGUAGAAAACGAGCCUUGGUCAAAACCUGUGGCAGAUGAUCCUGCAGAAAAUGCAAUGUUAAUUGAGGAGGAUGAAAAUACAUCUAAAGAUUAUAGAAAAGAGAGAUCCUUGGGUACCAAAAUGAAUAGAACAAAUUCUACGGACGACACAGAAAAAGAUAUAAACAGUUUCCGUGAAACAGCUGAACUUUUGAAUAAUCAGGAAACAGUGAAGGUACAAAUACACAGCAGAUAUUCAGGUGAAUGUAUGAAUAUUAUUUUUCCAACUGCGUCUUCCUCUAAAAAGAAGAAAAACAAAAAAUACCGAAGUGUUAUAUCAGAUAUAUUUGAUGGUUCUAUUUUAAGUUCUGUACAGUGUCUCACAUGUGAUCGGGUUUCAGUUACCCUGGAAACUUUCCAGGAUUUAUCUUUACCUAUUCCAGGUAAGGAAGAUCUUGCUAAGCUGCAUUCUGCAAAUCAUCAGACCUCUCUUGUCAAGGCAGGAUCCUGUGGUGAAGCAUAUGCUCCUCAAGGUUGGAUUGCGUUUUUUGUGGAAUAUUUCAAAAGGUUUGUUGUCUCCUGUGUUCCUAGCUGGUUUUGGGGUCCAACAGUAACCUUACAAGAUUGUCUUGCUGCCUUUUUUGCCAGAGAUGAAUUGAAAGGUGACAAUAUGUACAGUUGUGAAAAAUGUAAAAAGUUAAGAAAUGGAGUAAAAUUCUGCAAAGUUCAACACUUCCCUGAGAUUUUAUGUAUUCAUCUCAAAAGAUUCAGACACGAUCUUAUGUUUUCCACAAAAAUUGGAACUCAUGUAUUCUUUCCUUUGGAAGGACUUGAUCUUCAACCUUUUCUUACUAAAGAUAGUCCUGCUCAAAUAGCAGUAUAUGACCUUUUGUCUGUCAUCUGCCACCAUGGAACUGCAAUCAAUGGGCAUUAUAUAGCUUAUUGUCGAAAUAAUUUAAAUAAUCGAUGGUAUGAGUUUGAUGAUCAAAGUGUCACAGAAGUAACAGAAUCAACUGUCCAAAAUUCAGAAGCUUAUGUUCUCUUCUACAGAAAAAGUAACGAAGAAGCUAAAAAAGAGAGAGAGAGAGUGUCAAGCCUUAAUGUUAUGGAACCAAGCCUCCUUCAAUUUUAUAUUUCACGUUUAUGGCUGAAUAAAUUUAGAACUUUUGCUGAACCAGGACCUAUUUCAAAUAAUGAUUUUCUCUGCAUACAUGGAGGAGUUCCUCCAUACAAAGCUUCUUUUAUAGAAGAUCUGGUUGUAAUGCUUCCUCAGAACAUAUGGGAUAAUUUGUACAGCAGGUAUGGUGGAGGACCAGCAGUUAAUCAUCUGUAUGUAUGUUAUACAUGUCAAAUGGAAACAGAAAAAAUAGAAAAAAGACGGAAGACAGAACUGGAAAUGUUUAUUCGGUUGAAUAGAGCAUUCCAAGAGGAGGAAUCUCCAUCUAUAUUCUAUUGCAUCAGUAUGCAAUGGUUCAGAGAAUGGGAAGCAUUUGUGAAGGGCAAGGACAGUGAUCCUCCAGGUCCUAUUGACAAUACCAAAAUUGGUGUCGGUAAAUGUGGUUUGCUUGUUCUGAAACAAGGAGCUGAUUCUGGACAGAUUUCCGAAGAAACAUGGAAUUUUCUAAAGUCAAUCUAUGGAGGAGGCCCAGAAAUCAUACUGCGACCACCUGUUGCGCAAAGUGAAUCUGAAUCAUUACAGACGGAAGAUAAAGUAGAAUUAGAAACACGUAGACUGUAGCUAUCAAAUCAAGGAAUGAAUUCUUAUAAGAUACCUUCUGUUUAGCAACAUACAUUCCCCCAAUUUUUCAAGUUGCUGUUUUUAUCUUUUUUUUCUGUGAAAUAAGAGAAUGGCAGGCAUUUUAUCUAUGGAAAGUGAAUUGAAACACAUAUUGGUCAGUGACCAUAAUCAAGAACUGAACUGAGAUUGAAACCUCUAAUAUACAAAUUAUAAAUAUUAGAACUUUUCAAAGAGACUUUGGAAUUGUGAUCUUAUUCUACAUCGUUGUAUAUAUAUAUAUAUAAAAUUUAUGUGUUAUAAAUGUAAUUGAUCUUUUCACUAGAACUAUAAAUUACCAGGCCCUCUCCAUUCAAGUUUUAUCAAGACAAGUUGUCAAGGUUAUUGAACAUCAUUUGAUGGAAAGGUGCAUUAGUUAGCAAUUAAGAAAAUAGAAAUAAUAAAUGUUGUAUAAAAACUCAGGAAUAGUAAUGUUUUCUUUGUGUGUAUCAGAUAUGUAAACAAUUCAGAUGAAUCACUGUUUCAGUCAGCAAAUAUAAAUAAUCUAUGUACUGUUUAAAUGCUCUAAUAUGUUUUUGCCGUAUAUAAAUUAUCCUCAAUAACGUGUAACUGAACAGGUCUAUAAUCUCUAGAAAAAAAUGAUUUUAAGAGCAUGAAAUGGGUACAUUAAUUGCUCAUGCAAUUUAGGAUGUUUAUAGUCUUUUUUAAUUCAAUGCAUUAAUAGUUCCACGUGGAGAAAAUUUAUAGUAAUGCAGUGCUCAUUGGCAUGAUAUAUGUCAGAUGUUGAAUGCAUUCAACAAGAUUGCAAAACAUUCUAGAUUAUUCAUAUUGAAAUGUUGAAUGUCAUCCAAAUGAUUUUUUCUUCCUGAAUAUUGCCACGGUAUAGACAAUAUUAUGAAAUGCUAGUUUAAUAAAAGUCAUUUCUAAAAUUGUAUAAAGUGUUUGAACUUCAAAUCAAAUAAAGAUAUGU